AGACUUUCAUACCAGAAAGGAAGAAAGAUCAAAACUCUUUUUUUUUGUUUUUUUUUUUUCUGUUUUCAGAAAUCGAAUCGGAAAAAUGGGCAACGCCAUUAGGCUACUCUACCGGAAAUGCAUCAAUCCCAUGACGCACGACGGAGCUCACGGCGUUUCAGCUCUUUCCCACGAUCUCCUUAACUUCGAGACCACUUCUCAGGUACCUGAAGGGCUUGGACGUUACGUUGUGUCUUCUAAAAAGGCUCAAGCAAAUUGGUAUGGAAAAAUACUUGAGGCAUGGAAGCAAGCUAAGCCUCGGCCUCAGACAGCUGAGGAAGCCGCAAGGCUUGUUAUCGCGACUCUGAAGGGGCAUAAAAAAGCCGACGUUGAGGGGCUUUUGUCUUUCUAUAGACUCCCUUCGUCUCCUAAGCUCGUUGAGGUCACUACUGAAUCUCAUGUUCCUACCCCUGAAGGAGUUCGGUUCGAGCUUAAAACACUUCCGGUGGAUCAAAAAUCUGUGGCAGAUGGAGAUACGGUUACUGUGUAUGUUAGUAGCACAGACCCGGUUGUGUCAUCUUCUGUGCCUAAGGACGUGAGUCUUGCAGCGGUUAAAAGGGAGAAAGCGCGUGAGAAGAGGAAUUAUACAGAAGCAGAUGCACUUCACAAGAAGAUCAUAGCUUCUGGUUACAGGAUGAUAAGUUUUCAGAAUAAAGAAGUGCUUGCCCGAAAGUACAGAAUUAGACUAAGGGGAAUUGAUUCACCGGAAAGUAAAAUGCCGUUUGGAAAAGAGGCGCACGAUGAGCUACUCAAGAUGGUUGAAGGAAAAACCUUGAAGGUGUUAGUUUAUGCAGAGGAUCGUUAUGGAAGAUGUGUAGGAGAUAUAUACUGCAAUGGAAAAUUUGUUCAGGAAGUAAUGUUAAAGAAAGGUCUUGCUUGGCAUUAUGUAGCCUAUGACAAGCGCGCAGAGCUUGCAAAGUGGGAAAAUGAAGCUAAGCAGAAGCGUAUUGGUUUGUGGUCAUCUCCAAAUCCAGAGAAGCCAUGGGAGUGGAGGAAGAACAAACGUGGAGGAAACUGAUACAUUGUCCAGUUGGAUAACAAAAGCAACAAUAUUAUUCUAUUAUUGUUAUUGUGAUUUGUAAAACAUGUGAUCUGUUGUUCAUGUAACUGUAAGAGCUCUCUGUAAAUGUUUUAUGUAUGAGUUAUUGGCAAUAGAGAAUCUCUCUUUGAACCUGGAAAUAGAAGUUUGCUUAGUUGUUUUA